AUGGUCAAAAUGAACACAAUUGGGACGGUCAUUGUUAUUGCUUUAAUAGCAAUCUGCCAUAUUGAAGGACAGACGGCCGGAAGCAACGUUCCCGCUAGUCCACUCUGGCCCAUUUUCUCCCAGCUUCUCUCCACACAAACUGGCAGGUCAAUACAGGACAUAAACACGUUGGGUCUUAGCGACCCUACCAUUAACCAGCUCUGGACUUCGUAUACGGCCACUCUGUCGAAGAUGACCCAGACGCCCGCACCCACACAGACCACCACGUCAACGACGCCACCGCCUCUUCCUGAUUUAUACCAGUCAUCCUACGCCUUCAGUAGCAACAGCAACCAGGGCGCCAGCAGCAGGACUGGUGGUUCUAGCGCCAACACAGCCCAGAGCAGCAGCGGCAGCAGCAGCAGCAGCAGUAAUAGUGCACUGAGCUCCCUGUCGUACAAUGAUAUCCUCAGCUUGAUCAACAAGCUCUCCAAUGGGGGAUCAGCCUCUAACGCGCCAAGCAAGACUGCUACGACUGCACAAGACGUCAUGAAUGCCUACGCUCAGCUCUCGGCUGGAAACUCCGGCUCUUCUGGUUCAAACUCCGCCGCUGGAUCAACGGGCACGGAUUACCAGGCCUUGCUGCAGAAAUACAUGACAUCAAUGGCUGGAACAUCACCAACAGCUGGCAACAGCGGAUCUUCCGGGUCAUCGAGUUCUAGUCAAUCCUACCAAUCGCUGGUGGAUCAGUACAAUAGUCUGACAAACCAAGGAUCUUCUACAGGGUCGGCCUCUACCGGCUCUGCAAGUUACGAGCAACUGUUGCAGCAGUACAACCAGAUCAUGGGAAAGUCAUCAGGGUCCUCAUCUACUUCCAACAGCGGCGGCAGCCCGUCGUCGUCAGCGAUGGAAAAAUACACGGCAUUAAUAUCCCAACCUGGACCUGCUUCAGCCACGGCUGAUAAGCAGCUUCAAGAGAUGCUCAAAUAUUUAUCGGGGGGUAACACGGCAACCGCAGAUGCCUCCACAACCACAACUCCCUCUCCUACAUCAGCGUCGCCUCAAGAAACAUUUGAGAAGCAACUAGCCACAUUCUUCCCGCAGUUCAAAAGUCUUUUCCCGCAGUCGUCUUCAAACGCCAGCAGUGGCGCCGCUGCUGCAAGUACCGACCCAGCUCAGAUGAUUUUUGAUGCGUUGCUCUUCGCGCCCGGUAAACCCGCACCAACCGAAGCUGCGCCUGGAGCACCAACAGCAGCAGCCAAGGAAGCAGCAAACACCACUGCGCCAGCAGCACCAGUGAAUAAUUCUCCACUCAGUUAUAUCCAGAAUAUGGUCAACUCCAGAGGAGGUUCAGAAGCGCUGCUCUCCAACCAUGUUCAGAACGUCUUCAAGACUAGAGCAUCUCGGGAAAUGGGCUGUCGCUUCCUGCCGGAGUUGCUGGAGCUAGAUGUGCUACCUACUGCGCCAGUCAACUGCAUGAAUCGAUGUCCGUUCCCCUACGUGAACUCACAGCAGUAUGGGAUUUACUGUGUGUGCUGCCCGCCUGGAGUGAACGAGCAGACGGUGGGAAUGAUGUCCCUUGUCCGAGGCACCAGUUACAUGGAGACGCCCCUAACCGUGGUUUCCUGA